CGCUGAGAGGUUGAUGCGAAUGUUCCAGUGGCUCCUCUGGGAAGGAAAAAGGAGCUUGGAUCUCUUCUCAUCUCUUUGCAGAGUGAUUUGGAUGGGAUCUGGGAGGCAGAGGAACAUAAGGGGAAAAGGCAGCCCUUUCUGCACGGUGCAAACUUUGUGGAAAAAAAAAAUUGCUUUCUUCAAGUGAGGGGUGUGUUCUGGAUCUGAUGGAGCUCCUGGCCCUCGCAAUGAAGACCUCUGUGAUUGAGAUGUUUUUUGUUUUGCUGGUGACCGGAGUAUAUUCGAAUAAAGAAGCGACCAAGAAGAGUAAAAGGCCCAAGUUCAUCGCACCUCAACUCCCCUGUGAAGUGAAGGCGGGAAGGAUCACCAAUGCAGAGUUUGUGGUGCAGUGCCCAGCAGGCUGCGGGGACCCCCAGUUCCAGGUGUAUGGCACCCACAUCUAUGCCUCCUACUCCAGCGUGUGCAGUGCUGCCAUCCACAGCGGUGUGAUCGAUGAUGACUCUGGUGGGAAGGUGCUGGUCCGGAAAGUCGCCGGGCAGCCAGGCUACAGGGGCAGUCUGUCCAACAGUGUCCAGUCGCUGUCCCUGCCCCGCUGGAGAGAAUCCUUCAUCGUCUCAGAAGGGAAACCCCCGAAGAGUGGAGCUUACCCUGAGGUACUCACAUUCUCAUCAUCUAAAAGCCCAUGGGAGAUGGUCACAGCAGGCAAGUGUAGCAAAGCCUCUCAGAAGCCACCAAGUCCCAGGACAGCUGCACGGCCGGCCACCCUGCUGCAGGUCCUAGGGUCCACAGCGAGCACCCCACAUACCGCUAUACCCACACUCUCCCUGCCUGAAGGCUCCCCCAGCACCAACCCUGGACCACCAGCCAGAAGCCCCCGGAGCCAGGAGUCAGGCUUUGUCCCAAAAGAAGAACAGAGCAUGCCAACACUGGAGCCCGUGUCCCAGGGAGACCCAAACUGCAAGGUGGACCUGGCCUUUGUCAUCGACGGCAGUUCCAGCAUCGGCAAACGACGCUUCCGCAUCCAGAAGCAGUUUUUGGCAGCAGCUGCCCAGGCCCUGGAUGUGGGGCCUGAAGGCCCACUGUUGGGCGUGGUGCAGUAUGGAGACAGCCCUGCCAUCCAGUUUGACCUUAAGACUCAUACAAAUUCCCGGGACCUGCAAGUGGCCAUAGAGAAGAUGGGUCAGCGGGGAGGGGCCUCCAACACAGGCCAGGCCAUCUCCUUCAUCACCAAGAGCUUCUUCUCUGAGGCCAAGGGGAACCGAGGUGGGGCCCCCAAUGUGGCUGUGGUGCUGGUGGAUGGCUGGCCCAGCGACAGGCUGGAGGAGGCCUCCCGCCAAGCCAGGGAGGCAGGUAUCAACGUCUUCUUCAUCACCGUAGAGGGCGCCGUGGGGGACGAGAAGCAGCUCCUGGUGGAGUCCAACUUUGCCGGCAAGGCCGCAUGCAGGCCCACCAGCUUCUUCCAGCUGGCUGUGCCCAGCUGGUCAGGCCUGGCCCGGAGCCUUCGGCCACUGCUACAACGAGUGUGUGCAGCUGAGCGACUGACCUGCAGCAGGACCUGCCUCAACUCAGCCGACCUGGGCUUCGUGCUGGACGGCUCAAGCAGCCUGGGACCCAGUCGCUUCGGGACGGUGCUGCAGCUGGCGGCCAACCUCAGCCGGCACUUUGAAGUGUCAGCGGCAGGGACACGCGUGGGGGCCGUGCAGUACACCUACGAGCAGCGGCUGGAGUUCGGCUUCCAGGAGCACCCCAGCAAGGCCGCUGUGCUGUCUGCCCUGCGCAACGUGGGCUACUGGAGUGGUGGCACCAGCACCGGGGCCGCCAUCCGCUUUGCCCUGGACACGCUCUUCCGGGCAUCUGGGCCCAGCAGGACCAAGCUCCUGGUGCUGGUCACUGACGGCAGGUCCUACGACGAUAUCCGAGGCCCAGCCAAGGCUGCCCACCAGCAGGGAGUGAUUGUGUAUGCCAUUGGCGUGGCCUGGGCCUCCCUGGACGAACUGCGAAUCAUCGCCAGCCCCCCGGCCAAAGACCACGUCUUCUUUGUCGAGGAGUUCGAGCACUUGCACCAGGUGGUCCCCAGAGUCAUGGAGAACAUCUGUGCAGAGUUCAACAUGCAGCCCCGGAACUAAAGGUGCAGCUGCCCCUGGUGGCCCUGCCCCAUGCCAAGCUCGAGAGACACCCCUGGGACUCUAACUGGAUCCCUGCAAUGGCGGGCAGAGAGAUGACUGAGCGCAGGUGGCUUUCUGUACUCACUACCUGCCUUAGUGAGAGGCUUCUCCUUGCUGCUUCCUCCCCAGAUGCUGGGGCUCUGCAGCUGAGAACUAGCUCCAGCACUUACCCCAGGGCUUCUGCCUGGCUCCUCAUUAAAUGCUAGAACCCUCCCCAAGCACCCAGACAGGAAAUGCUUCAUUAAAGCAUGCAGGGUGUGA